GCGGGCUUGCCUUACGGCGCAAGGCCGCUUUUUACGGCAUUUUCCGGCUUCCCAUUCACUUCGCUGUGAAGAUGGCGUCGGGUAGCGGGGCAAAAAACUUGGACUUUCGCCGAAAGUGGGACAAAGAUGAAUAUGAGAAGCUUGCGGAGAAGAGGCUCACAGAAGAGAGAGAAAAGAAGGAUGGAAAGCCCGUGCAGCCAGUCAAGCGAGAGCUUCUCCGGCAUAGAGAUUACAAGGUGGACCUGGAAUCCAAGCUCGGGAAGACAAUUGUCAUUACCAAGACUACGCCACAGUCUGAGAUGGGAGGGUAUUACUGCAAUGUCUGUGACUGUGUAGUGAAAGACUCUAUCAACUUCCUGGAUCACAUUAAUGGAAAGAAACAUCAACGAAACCUGGGCAUGUCUAUGCGUGUGGAACGUUCUACCUUGGAUCAGGUGAAGAAACGUUUUGAAGUCAACAAGAAGAAGAUGGAAGAGAAGCAGAAGGAUUAUGAUUUUGAGGAAAGAAUGAAGGAACUCAGAGAAGAGGAGGAAAAGGCCAAAGCCUACAAGAAAGAGAAACAGAAGGAGAAGAAAAGGAGGGCCGAGGAGGACUUGACGUUUGAGGAGGAUGAUGAGAUGGCAGCUGUGAUGGGCUUCUCUGGCUUUGGUUCCACAAAGAAGAGUUACUGAGGCUUUCUGUGCUCGGCUCUUUGCUGGGCCUAAUUUUGUGUGUGUGGGCAUCAGUUUUCGGGAGGUACUCGGGAAAGUGUAGCAAUGGGGAGGGCUAGAGGGGAUUGUGGUUUCCCUCUGCCUUGGGAGAGAGCACGGGAUGCAGAGGUAAUGCUGUGGCAUAUGCCUCCAGCCUCAGUGUAUCCCUGGAGUCCCAGGACCUCUGACCACCUGAGUUCCCAAUAAAGAAAAACCUCCUCUUCAGAGGCUGCUUUCCCGAAACUCCCCCUGCAUCUUUCUCUCUUCAUCUGUCCAGUCUCCUAUCUGAACAUCCUACAUUUAUCCUGUGUUCUGCCUUUGUUUUUAUUUUGACUCUUGCUUAGCCUACAGCAGAAGGGUUCUCUGGGUCCCCCAUUUCCAGCUGAUAGCAUACCUUUGAUCAACCCCCCCUUCCGCAUUCUCUCCAUCUCUCCCAGCCCCCUGUGGUUCUCUGGCCACCUGUGCAUGCAUGGGUCCGUGGUGUGAGCGGGUAUGUGUGCAUGAAUCUGUCACAGAGGGAGCCUGAGCUAGCGCCUCAGAGCAUUGUUGCCUUGGGGCCUGACGUGCACAGGUUCCUCAGAGCAUGUAACAGAAAAUUAAAUGGGAUGAGUGUUUGGUGUGGUUUUUUGUCUGGUGAGUUUUUUAACCUUUGUUCUUCGUAUGUAGAUUGUUCAGCUUUUCCUGAUUGUUUCAUUUUAUUGAGGAUUACUCUGUUUUUUUUCUUCCUUAUAAGCAGGCUCUUGGAAGAACCUGUUUGAUGCAAAAAAGAAAAAGGAGAAAACCUCAUAUUCAUAUGGGAGCCCUUGGGUCUCAGAGGCUGUUCGACAUGAUAAUAAAUGGCAUUGACUGGGCCUAUUUCACAUUUAGUGGGAACACUG